AAAAAAACUACAGUGGCUCAGGGAGUGGCCACAACUGCACCUUCUCUCAUCUUCUCUUCCCCUCCCAACUUUUCCCAGCACCAGGCUUCACAGUCAACCAUGGCGCCUUUCGGAAAGAUCUUCACCAGGGAGCUCAACCCCCGCACCACCGCCAUCCUCGCGGUUGCGAAGGCUAAUGGCCUCGAACUCGAGGUCGUCGAGGUCGAUCCCGCAAAGCCCUCUGAUGAGCUCCUGAAGGCCAACAAGCUCGGCAAGGUCCCUACCUUCAUCGGCAGCGAUGGCUACGUUCUCUCCGAGACUAUUGCCAUCAACAUCUACAUCACUUCUCAGAAUGAGAAGACCACCCUUCUCGGCAAGACCAAGCAGGACUAUGCCUCAAUUCUGAAGUGGAUGUCGUUCUUCAACAGCGAGCUCCUUCCCAACUUGGGUGCUUGGUACCGCCCUCUCUUGGGCCUGGACCCCUACAACAAGAAGAACAUCGAUGAAGCUAUUAAGGCCUCGAGCAAGGCUCUCUCUAUCGUCGAGGAGCACCUUCUCCACAACACGUUCCUCGUUGGCGAGCGUCUCACACUCGCUGAUCUCUUUGCUACUAGCAUCGUCUCGCGUGGCUUCCAGUUUUUCUUCGACAAGGACUGGCGCGCUGAGAAUCCUAACAUCACUCGAUGGUAUGGAACUGUCUACAACCAGCCCAUCUACCUCGACGUUUCUAAGCCUUUGGAAUUCCUCGACAAGCCCAAGCUAGUCAACAUCCCCCCCAAGAAGGCCGAGCAGCCCAAGGCUAAGAAGGCCGAGCAAGCUAAAGCCCAGCCUAAAGCCGCCCCAGCUGCAGCAGCAGCGGAGGAGGAGCCUGCUCCCGCUCCCAAGCCCAAGCACCCCAUUGACCUUCUCCCCAGAUCAGAGUACCCUCUCGAUGAGUGGAAACGAUUCUACUCCAACAACCCUCCUGCUGAGGCUAUGGAGUACUUCUGGAAGACUGUUCCUUUCACCGAUUACUCUAUCUGGCAGGUAGACUACAAAUACAAUGACGAGCUAAGGCUGGUCUUCAUGUCCAACAACCUGAUUGGUGGUUUUAACAACCGUCUAGAGGCUUCCCGCAAGUACCUGUUUGGCGCAGCCAACGUUUAUGGCGAGAACCACGAUUCGGUUAUCUCGGGUGCCUUCGUUAUCCGAGGUGACGAAUAUCUACCCGUAUUUGAUGUCGCUCCCGACUAUGAGAGUUACGACUUCAAGAAGCUAGACCCCAACAACCCCGAGGAUCGGGCUAUUGUUGAGUCACGAUGGAAGAUGGACAAGCCUGUCACCGUUGGUGACAAAGAAUACAAGUAUGCUGACGGAAAGGUCUUCAAAUAAUCGAUGACUCAGCCUAGGUGACAUGAUUACGCGUUGAUGAAUUUAUGUCCAAUGGGUAUGGAAAAGGGAUGGAUGAAACGGGAGGGGAGUGAUGGAUGAUGACCUAUCGCUGUCUAGCUAUACCUCUGUGAAUGAAAAAAUAGUAAAACUUGUGAUACCAAGCCACCGCUGCCCC